GAUUGGGGGCUUUAUCCCACAGGAACACUCUGGCUGCACAUCCGGGCUCUGGGCCAAUGGACCACCAAGCUCCACGAGUACUUCCAGCGGCUGGAAUUGCCUGGCCCAGAGCCGGAACCACCGGGGAAGAGCCGCAGCUGGGAUCGGGAAGGCUCCAAGGGGGGAUCCGUGGCCACAGGCAGGGACGGAGCUGUGGAGUUGACGUCGUUCCGAGCCUCAGGAGCUGCUUCCCUGGAAAAGGACCUGGAGCAGGGAAGCCUGGCCGGGCUGGGGGAGACCCAUCGGAGCUGCAGCAUCAAGUGCUACCUGGACGGUCCCUAUGGAACUCCGAGCGGGCGGAUCUUCACGUCGGAGCACGCGGUGCUGAUCGGAGCUGGCAUUGGGAUCACGCCCUUCGCCUCCAUCCUGCAGAGCAUCAUGUUCAGGUACCGCCGGAGGAAGCAGAGCUGCCCCAGCUGUGGCUUCUCCUGGAGCGAGGAACGGCGGGAUGAGGGGAUGACGCUCCGGAAGGUGGAUUUCAUCUGGAUAACACGGGAUCAACAGCACUUCCAGUGGUUCCUCAGCCUCCUGACCAAGCUGGAGACGGAGCAGGCGGAGCUGGAGCCGGGAGGGAAGUUCCUGGAGCUGCACCUGUACAUGACCUCGGCCCUGGGCAAGGGGGACAUGAAGGCCCUGGGGCUGCAGGUGGCCCUGGAUCUGCUGGCGGCCAAGGAAAACCGGGAUUCCAUCACCGGGCUCCGCACCCGCACCCAGCCCGGCCGCCCCGACUGGGCCAAGGUGUUUGGGAAUCUGGCGCAGGAGCAGCACGGGCAGGUCCGGGUGUUCUUCUGCGGCUCCGCGGGGCUGGCCAAGGAAAUCCGGGAACACUGCCGGCACUUCGGAUUCGGCUUCUCCCGGGAAAACUUCUGACCCCCAAUAUCCCCGACAUUCCCACCGCAUCCCGGCCUGGAUCCGCUCUGUCCCGGCUGGGAGUGUGGGAUAGGGUGGGGCCAUGAUCCUGGAACAUCCGUGGCGGGAUUUGGGAUGGAGGAGAUGGGGGUCCUGUGGCACCAAACUCCAUGGAUUUGGAAUGAAGGGGAUGAGGUCCUGGAGGGCUCUGGGAUGGUGGGGAUGGGUCCUGUGGCACCUUCCCGGGAUUUGGGAUGCUUUGGGAUGAUUUGGGAUGCUU